AGGUGGUUUUAUUUACCAGGUUGGUGUUUAGGGGAAGUGACAGAUCAAGGCAAAGUUAUGUUAGUGAAACUGUUAUACAUUGCUUUGAUGAGGAGCAACUUGUAUGUCAUAGUCCAGAUCUUGGCUAGAGUUCAGCGUUUUAGCAAAAGGGGCAGAGUUUUCCCAUCCACAGGAACUGCAGAGUGGAAAAAACUUGUCAUUAAGCACUAGGAAUAUUUACUGUAAGCACAUUUGAAUUGGAAUAGUUUUGGUGCUAACAAUACACCCGUGGCAAUCAGAAUGCAAUUUAGUUGUAGUUCAGCUAAAGAUAAGAAUAUUAACAAAGAAUACAGGAGUGGCAAGACAGAGGCAGAAUAUUGAGGAAUAAAGAUAUAAAGAAUUAAACAGAAUAUGCUUUGGAAAGAAUGAUAACUUUCGUAAAAAGCAGGUGCAUUAGCUGGACUGGAAGAAAUUACAUUUUGCUUCAUAUUCCUUCUAGUUAUAUUCCACCAAUAUUUUCAGGUUCUGGCUCAGUCCUACACACCAUUAAUGGUACUACACAAAUUACAGGGGCUCAAGAAAGUACAGUUUGCAAAUUGCACAGCGGAGCACAAAGCAUUUCUAAAUUGAGAGCUUAGAGCUGUAGACCAGAGUGACAUCAUACCAGGAGACAGAGAUAGCCAGGCAGGCAGAGAACUGGUAACGUCUUAGCAACAGGAGAGCCUUUGCAUUGAGCUGUGAGCUGAUAGAGAUGCAAUAGACUAGUCUCUAUUUGCCACAGUUGAGCUGAUAUCUCAUAGGGAGAGACAGACCUAUCCUUUCACAAGCUAAGCCUCACCCGCUUCUCAAGAACAGGAACAGCAUUAAAGUUUCAGAAGCAAAGCCUCGCUGACCAAUGAGAAUGAGCACCACGGCGAUCAUUGUGGUGGCGGCUACAAUGGUCAGUCUGUCUGCAUCCACCAACUACAGUUGCGACGGCAGACCCUUCUUCACUGGCUGCAGGUCACCCGAGCAGGAGACUUUCACAUGCUGGUGGGACCCGGGGGCUUAUGGGAACCUCACUGGAACCCCUGCCUUCCAGGUUCUCUACUCCAAAUCAGGAUGCCAGGACCCAAUGGAGUGCCCAGAUUAUGUCACAUCUGGAGAGAACAGCUGUUACUUCAAUGAAACGUACACAUCUGUCUGGACUGGAUACUGCUUCAUGAUUCGUGUCGACACAGAGUGGGGAGCAGUCAACUCGGAGCCACACUACUUCGACUUCCUAGAUAUCUUACAACCUGACCCCCCGGUGUCACUAACCUGGACCUUGCUGAAUGGCAGUCACUCCACCCACUAUGCUGAUGUCAUGAUCAGCUGGUCUCCGCCUCCUUCGGCAGACGUGGACUCUGGUUGGAUAUCCCUACAGUAUCAGCUCCGCUAUAGGUCCUCCAACAGCGAGUGGAAAAUGAGCCAGCUGUUGCCGCAGAACUCGCUGCCGCUCUACGCCCUGAAGACUCUGCAGCACUACGAAGUGGAGGUCCGCUGCAAGCCUCUGUCUGAGGGGGAGUUCAGCCAGUUCAGCAAAACCCUCGCGUUUAUUCUCGACUGCAAGAACCCAUCAGCUCCUGAGAGCAAGGCGGCCUCGUUAGCUUGGGUCAUGCUCGCUCCUCUCACCGUGCCCCUGUCCCUCUUUCUACUUUGCUCUCUCUGCCGCACGGCUCAAAUUAAAGCCACGCUGCUGCCUCCUAUACCUGAGCCCAAGAUUGCAGGGAUUAACACAGACCUGCUACAGAGCGGCAGUCCAGGCGAGCUUGGCAUUCUCUUUGGCUUCUUCAGUGUGAGCAGCACAAUGGAGCCUGAAGAGGAACCCUGGGAAGCCUUCUCAGAGCUGGACCUCCAAGACAAGACAAAGGUGAUGGGAGGUCCAGAGAGCAUCAGCAAGAGGCCCCUGACCAUCGGCUCCAUCAACGGCAGCGACUCGGGCUGGGAGAGCAUCGGCAAUGCCGAAACAGACUGCUGCCCAAAAAACGGGAAAUCCCUCAUCCGUGACUCUCUCGACUCAGUUUCCAGCAAGACCGCAAGCGUGUCUCAUGACGCGGGACUCACUGCAAAAGCAGGGCUUCUGGUGGACACAAGUCUAGGAGCACAGGCCAUCAAGCGCGCGGAGAUCUCCCAGCACAGCACCACAUCGUGCACUUCUGCCUCUUGUCUGCUCACCGAAACUGGGAAAGAAAACUUCAAGACUGCACCCUCCCCGAAUACACUCUACAAAGAUGGUGGAGAUGCUACUUUUUAUUCUUAUGUGGCCGACAUCAGAGCCCAAAGGGGAGUCAUCACAGUGGCUGCCAACGGUUAUAUUCAAAGCUGUGCCAAGAGUAAUGAACUCACAGGGAGGCAAGGCCAACGCUGUGCCACAAGUGAAUAUUUGAAAGGCAUGCCGCAAGAAGGUAUUACGCUACCAGAGAACGACAGCAACUACUAUGUUACUCUAUAACCACACGUACUGUGACGAAACAGCUGUGAAGAGUGGAGUUUGCAAAGUUCUGUGUGGUUCCUAAUUGAGAAAUCUAAACAGAUCUGUUCGUUCAUAAGUUGUCAGUUCAGAUACUGAGCAAGCAACCCCUACAGUGAGGCCAGUGUGCAAGCCUCAAAGUAGAGGAGCACAUCAGCACAUUUUGCAACCAUUCCUCAAAUAUUUAAUUUUCCAACUUUUUAAAUGUUUUUUACCCUGACUAUACUAUGACUAAACAGGCAAAGAUUUAACAAACCCCAAAAUCCAAAGAUUUAGAUUAUGUUACCUGUAUAAUACAUUUAGUUAUUGAUCCCUACCUGGCUUUACUUUUACAGUCUGCAAAUCUGGAAUAAUUCUGUUCAUUAUCAAGCACUGUAGACUUAUAGAACAUGAGAUUUUGUGAACUGUAGUUGUUCUGAAGUGUGAAGUUAGCUGUAGUACUUGUGUACAAAAUCAAUAACUGUUUAAAGAAUUAAAAGGGUGGACUUACUAAAAAUUGUCUGUGGCAUGCAAAUUGUUUAUUCAUUCAUGUUUUACUAACACUUCAGAAUAUAGAAGUUACUCAAUAAAGAAUGAAGCAUUGUAUUGUUGACUUAAGCAUUUCUUUUCAUCCAGCAUCCUACCAGCUCCUGUAUUCUGAGAACGUUCAUAAAACAAAUCAUUUUAGUUACUUACACUAGAUAAAUGUUUAUAUGGUCGGUUAUUACAUACACACCCCU